CCAAAUUACAGCAUUUAAAAAUGUCAUACGCCAGGAACCUUGGAUUCAGUAAAGCUUUGCGCUCCUUAGCUAGUCUACAAAAUUCUUCAAUGAAGUCUCUGGAGCUUGUCCAUUUGGUUAGUCACAAUGGUCUCCCCUGCAGGUACGUAACUGAAGAGGAUUCGAAAUUCAUCAAGAACAUGAAGCUUGAGCUGCUGGAUUUGUCAGAGAAUUACCUCGCUAUGAUCGAGAUAAACUUCUUCAAGGCUCUGCCCCAAACGUUAAAGACAUUAGUACUGAGAAACAACAGAUUCACCAUAGGAACCUUUGGACUCCCAUUUUUGACUCGUUUGAAGAACAUUGUGAAAUUAGAUUUAACUGGUCAAAACGUAGGGGAAUUGAUGACGCUACCAUCGAAGCAACAAGAAAACAAAGAUGGUGAGACAUGUGAGUUAAUACCUUCAGAUAUUAUAGAUUCAGAAGAGUAUCCAGAUGGAAUUCUGAAAGAAUAUGAAUAUCCAGCAAUACAGCCGCCUCUGUACAAUGGGCUGCUAAAUGCAGGCCGUAUGAGGAACAAUCUAUUUGUUAUGGGCGAGGCGACCGACGCUGAGGACAAAACACGAGAGACGAUGAGUGAAAAUCAAAAUGGCUUCACCUCUCCAAUCUCAAGCAAAGUGAAGGCGAUUAAGUUACCCCCAAGUUUGCAAAUACUUUGGACUUCACAAUUCAUACUAUAUGGAGAAUUGGUCCUAUUUGGAAAAAUUAAGGCAAAAUUAAAGGAGAUAGAUUUUUCGAACAGUUUUUUGUCUAAAUGGGGUAGAGGCUGGCUACACGGGAGUGAAAGGGUCGUGUCUCUAGAGGGAAAUUACUGCAGAUUCGUCCAUCAAAGGUUUUUCCCUCUUAACAAUUCUCUAGAAUUUUUUAACAUCCGCAACAAUAUAUUGGGUCCACAAUUUGCCAACGACGAACAUGGCAUACUCUUCAAACGACUUGGCCGUGUUGUCAUGCUAGAUUUGUCUAUGAAUUUAAUUUAUAGGCUGUCUCCGAACUUUUUUAAGGGCUUGAAGAGACUUCGUGUGCUAAUAUUAUCAGACAAUAAACUUCAGAGUUUGAAUUUUCGCGUAUCCAGUAUGCCAGACUUGACAACAAUCGAUGCCAGCAAAAACUCUAUCGCGUGGAUUGGGAAAGCAACAAGAGACGGUCUAGACUCAAUAGCUCUCCACCAUCCUGUGAGUUUAGACUUGCGGAAAAACCCACUCCCUUGUACUUGUAAAGGUAUCGAAAUCUUGUCAUGGUUAGCAACGACCAAAGUCCAUCUGUCUGGCAAAGACUUUUUGGUUUGUCGCUUGGAAAAGAACCAUUACGUCACCAUUGGGGACCUGAGCCUUCGUGUAUCGACCAUGAGGAGACGCUGCGCACCUUUGCUCGACGUGGUCUUCAUUUCAGUCGUGUGCGCCUCGUUAUUCCUUUUGCUCUCGAGUUUCCUCGUGGUGUAUCGGUGCCGCUGGAAGUUACGAUACCUGCACAAAGUGACGGUCUCCAAGUGGUUUGGGUUCCAUCCCAGUUCCCAAACUUCAGGUCACAAGUUCGACGCUUUCAUACUAUACGCCGAAGAAGAUCGAGAUUUUGUUUUACAAACCAUGCUGACAGAGCUGGAGACAAACCGAGGCCACAAACUUUGUGUUGCGGACCGAGACUUCAUGCCCGGUACCUUCAUCACCCCAAACAUAACGUGUGCCGUGCAAAGUAGCACUCUCACCCUCCCCGUGGUCUCCCCCGACUUCCUCGAUGAUGAUUAUUCCGAGUACGGUAUCCAGAUGGCGCUGUGUGAGAUGGUCUUUGAGAAGCGUCCGGUGCUGCACCUAAUCCUGGCCGUGCCCAUGGACUACCAGCGUCUGUCCCGGGACCUCAUGCGGGUGUUGAGAGAGAACAAGUACACAGAGUACCCACCACAGGAGGAGAUGGAGGACGAGAACAUCAAAAAGAACUUCUGGGACGCGCUCUCACGAGUGAUCGGCCAUUCCAAUAGCCAGUCAGAGCCCAGGAUGGAUGUGAGCGGAGAAACAUAGCAGGUGUGUUGUUGGCAGACCUGGACAGGACAGUCUACACCACCUCAGAAGUCUUCUCUCUCUUCUCUUGCCCUUUUUAACUCCAUGUGGAGGACAGGCCAUCAACAGCAUUACUCCAGCGAAACC